CAGCACUGCAUGGCAACACAGAAAUGUCCCUGGCCAGGUCCUCCUCCCUCUGCCUUGCGGGCUCUCUUGCUCUCAUACUCACGAUCUUUCUUCACAUCUAUUUUUAGUUUUCCUGGCUCAAGCUUCUUCAGGCCACCGAAACACAGCCCUCACUCUUUCUCUCUCUCUGGCAUUCAUGCUGCUGGUAGGAGCCCCCCAAGUAAAAAUUGCUUCAGAAAUGCUUUAGUGCUCCUUCCUAGGAAACCAUAUGGCUUCAGGAUCACAGCUCAGCUUUUAAGAUGGAUAUAAGCUGGACGACCUUCUGAUGGGCUUUAAACUUUGAACUGAAUGUGGACAUUUUCCUCUCAGAUGACAGAAUCACUCUAACUUCCCCUUUGCAGUUGCUUCCUUUCCUUGCAGGUAGCUGUAUCUUGUUUUCUUAAAAAAAAACGUUUUCCUUCCAAAGUUGUCUGCCAUGCCGACUGUCAUUAGCACUUCUGUGGCCCCAAGGACAGAGGCUGAGCCCAGGUCCCCAGGGCCAGUUCCUCACCCAGCCCAGAGCAAGACCAUCGAAGCUGGGGGCGGAAACCCAAGUGGCAUCUAUUCAGCCAUCAUCAGCCGUAAUUUUCCUAUUAUUGGAGUGAAAGAGAAGACAUUUGAGCAGCUUCACAAGAAAUGUCUAGAAAAGAAAGUUCUUUAUGUGGACCCUGAGUUCCCACCGGAUCAAACCUCUCUCUUUUAUAGCCAGAACUUCCCCAUCCAGUUCGUCUGGAAGAGACCUCCGGAAAUUUGUGAGAAUCCCCGAUUUAUCAUUGGUGGAGCCAACAGAACUGACAUCUGUCAAGGAGAUCUAGGGGACUGCUGGUUUCUCGCAGCCAUUGCCUGCCUGACCCUGAACAAGCGGCUCCUUUUCCGAGUCAUACCCCACGAUCAAAGUUUCGUCGAAAACUAUGCAGGGAUCUUCCACUUCCAGUUCUGGCGCUAUGGAGACUGGGUGGACGUGGUUAUUGAUGACUGUUUGCCAACGUACAACAAUCAACUGGUUUUCACCAAAUCCAACCAUCGCAAUGAGUUCUGGAGUGCUCUGCUGGAGAAGGCUUAUGCUAAGCUCCAUGGUUCCUAUGAAGCUCUGAAAGGUGGGAACACCACAGAGGCCAUGGAGGACUUCACAGGAGGGGUGACAGAGUUUUUUGAGAUCAGAGAUGCUCCCAGCGACAUGUACAAGAUCAUGAAGAAAGCCAUCGAGAGAGGCUCCCUCAUGGGCUGCUCCAUUGAUGAUGGCACGAACAUGACCUAUGGAACCUCUCCUUCUGGUCUGAACAUGGGGGAGUUGAUUGAACGGAUGGUGAGGAAUAUGGAUAACUCGCUGCUCAGGGACUCAGACCUCGACCCCAGAGGCUCAGAUGACAGACCGAUCCGGACAAUUGUUCCGGUUCAAUAUGAGACAAGAAUGGCCUGUGGGCUGGUCAAAGGUCAUGCCUACUCGGUCACUGGGCUGGAGGAGACCCUGUUCAAAGGUGAGAAAGUGAAGCUGGUGCGGCUGCGGAACCCCUGGGGCCAGGUGGAGUGGAAUGGCUCUUGGAGUGACAGUUGGAAGGACUGGAGCUUUGUGGACAGAGAUGAGAAGGCCCGUCUACAGCACCAGGUCACUGAGGACGGAGAGUUCUGGAUGUCAUAUGAUGAUUUCAUCUACCAUUUUACAAAGCUGGAGAUCUGCAACCUCACAGCCGAUGCUCUGGAGUCUGACAAGCUUCAGACCUGGACAGUGUCUGUGAACGAGGGCCGCUGGGUGAGGGGCUGCUCCGCCGGAGGCUGCCGCAACUUCCCAGACACUUUCUGGACCAACCCGCAGUACCGUCUGAAGCUCCUGGAGGAGGACGACGACCCGGAUGACUCUGAGGUGAUCUGCAGUUUUCUGGUGGCCCUGAUGCAGAAGAACCGGCGGAAAGACCGGAAGCUGGGGGCCAACCUCUUCACCAUUGGCUUCGCCAUCUAUGAGGUUCCCAAAGAGAUGCACGGGAACAAGCAGCACCUGCAGAAGGACUUCUUCCUGUACAACGCCUCCAAGGCCAGGAGCAAAACCUACAUCAACAUGCGGGAGGUGUCCCAGCGCUUCCGCCUGCCUCCCAGCGAGUAUGUCAUCGUGCCCUCCACCUACGAGCCCCACCAGGAGGGGGAAUUCAUCCUCCGGGUCUUCUCUGAAAAGAGGAACCUCUCUGAGGAAGCUGAAAACACAAUCUCCGUGGAUCGGCCAGUGAAAAAGAAAAAACCCAAGCCCAUCAUCUUCGUUUCGGACAGAGCAAACAGCAACAAGGAGCUGGGUGUGGACCAGGAGUCAGAGGAGGGCAAAGACAAAACAAGCCCUGAUAAGCAAGAGAAAUCCCCACAGCCACGGCCUGGCAACACUGACCAGGAAAGUGAGGAACAGCAGCAAUUUCGGAACAUUUUCAAGCAGAUAGCAGGCGACGACAUGGAGAUCUGUGCAGAUGAGCUCAAGAAUGUCCUUAACACAGUUGUGAACAAACAUAAGGACCUGAAGUCACGAGGAUUCACACUGGAGUCCUGCCGUAGCAUGAUCGCCCUCAUGGAUACAGACGGCUCUGGGAGGCUGAACCUACAAGAGUUCCAUCACCUCUGGAGGAAGAUUAAGGCUUGGCAGAAAAUUUUCAAACACUAUGACACAGACCAAUCUGGCACCAUUAACAGCUAUGAGAUGCGGAACGCAGUCAAUGAUGCAGGAUUCCACCUCAACAGCCAGCUCUACGACAUCAUUACCAUGCGGUACGCGGACAGGCACAUGAACAUCGACUUCGACAGUUUCAUCUGCUGCUUCAUCAGGCUGGAGGGCAUGUUCAGAGCUUUCAAUGCCUUUGACAAGGACGGAGACGGUAUCAUCAAACUCAAUGUUCUAGAGUGGCUGCAGCUCACCAUGUACGCCUGAACCAGGCUGGCCUUGUCCAAAGCCACGCAGGAUCACUCAAGAUUUCAAGUUCACCCAGUAUAGCGAGAGCCACUUACCUCAAAGGACCCAGCAGCCGCUCCCCAGCAGGCCUCCAGGCACCUUGUUGGUCUUGUUCCUCCUACCCUUGACUCCCUGCUUGCCCUUGAUCGGUCAUGCACAGCCUGUCCCUUUAGUAAAGCCAUAAGGUAGGGAGAACAACACUGUCCCUUCGCCAUGUGAAGGACAGUAUCUGCCUCAGCUAGUUCUAGCCCAAGAGGUUUGGGCUGAUCUGAAGCAAAUGCUUCCCCCUUACCCUGCUCUAGGCUGUUGGCAGAAGCAUUUGCCUUCCUUGUGCUGGAAACCUCCAUCACCUUUACGUUCUCCCACCCCUCAACAGUAACCAAACCAGCACUUGGUCUGCCUGGUUGUUUUAGGAGAGGCCUGCUCUGGGUGAACUAACUCAGUGGAAUAGGGCUGGAUACUUUGGGUUGUCUGACUUGUAAGUCUGAUCACAUUCUGAAAAAAAUGGAUCUAAAUAAAGGCAUGUGUAUGGGUCA